GUUGUUGCCGCAUUCCAAAUUUAAAUACGCGCGGGAAAACAUGUUUAGGACUUAAGUGGCGUUUCCUUCAAAUAAUACUUGGACAAAAAAAAAAAACGAAUCGUGAGAAAUAUUUAUGCAAUAACGUCGAUGUGGAUUUCUUUUUAGUCAUUGGCCGCGCUGAGAUGUGGCGUGCAACACUCCUCAUAGUGCUUGCAGUGGGUGCCCACGCUCGUCCGAACAAGGUCCGAGACGUGACCACGUCUUGUGACAAAGGUUCCAUCAGCAUACACCUUGACAUGGAGCAGCCGUUCAAGGGACUGGUCUUCAGUAAAGAUUUCUCGAGAGAAUGUCGAGUUCAAGGUCAGAUGCAGUCAAAGAUAUCUCUGCAUUUGCCAACAAACGCAUGCGGAGUGCGAACGUCCACAAUCAAUACCACUGUAGAUGAGCCAGGAGACCAUGAAGAUUUGUACUACACGGUGGAGCUGGUCGUUCAAAUGGACAGGCAGCUACAACAGUCCUCCGACCAGGAUUUGAUAGUGAGGUGUAAAUUACAGCCGCGUGCGGUGCGCAUAAUCAGCUCAGCGCUAGAAGGCGUCAUUAAAACUAAACUUCGAGAAAUGACCGGACACGGCCACGACGGGAAGCGGAUGAGGAGCGGUCGUAAUCGACAAGGUUGGGACAACCCUGCUGAGGUAGAACAGAGGCAAUACUUGAUGGAGUCAGCGCGAGCUUGGAUGGAUUUAGCGCCGAUAGCUGCUGGGAAAGAACCGGCUACAGUGGAAGUUGGACAACCGACCAGACUGCUUAUACAAUGCACUUUACCAGUUGGAGUUGGUCUACGCGUAACCAACUGUGUAGCUCACGACGGCUUAGGGGAGGCAUCGCAGAAACUCCUUGAUGAAGCCGGCUGUCCCAUCGACGAAACAAUUUUCAACACGCCAUCCGUACAUCGACAUAAACAACGAGAAAUUGACUUUUCCGAAAACCCAAGUCUUGCAAAAAAAGAUAUCGAGGAAAAUUUGAAAAUGGCAAAAGACCCCGAAUAUAUUUUCAAGAACAUGAUGACUUAUCAGCACGCUAUGACCACAUUCGCAGCUUUCAAGUUUCCUGAUAGAGCUAAACUGCACCUAUCUUGUGGCAUAGAGUUGUGUAGGGGUCCCUGCCCCAAUGUUGAUUGCAAAGCCUUGCAGAAGCCACAGCAAACCAAGGAUGGCUUGGUGAGGAAGGCUCGACUUGACAAAGAGGCGAAAGGCUUGGUUAUAGAUAGACUGGAGGUUUAUAAUAGCAUAGAAGUGAUUGCGCCUAAUAUCGAGCUAGAAGAUGAAGCUUCAAUUAGAGGUUCAAGAAGAAUUGAACAUGAGCAAGAGUUUGUACGCGGCUUCUCUCCAGGAGACAAGACGAUCUGCCUGUCACCAGGGAAAAUGGCUCUAGCCUUCUGUGUUUUAGGAGUCAUUUUCCUUUGCGCUAUUGCCGUCGCGUUUGCAUCUUUAGUGCGAGCUAGACGGCGAACAGUCCAAGAACCGGUGCAUACAUCCCUCUCGUUCUACACAGGAAGCAAGAGUAUGUUCUCUUCUAGUGGUAGCAGUAGUUCCGGCUUAAGUGGAAGUAAGCUACUUCUGACCGAUAGUCCUUAUAUGGACCACCAUUCUUCUUCUAGCAAUAACUGGCCAUACACAAGGGCAUUCUGAUUUAGAACGACUGCAAUAAGAGAUAAAGCGGUUUCUUCAAAAGAAGAUGUCCAGACUUCUAAUCAACUAAGUAACGCUAAUUUCCGAAUGUUUGAUCAUAAUUGAUUAGGAUUGAAAUGUGGUAGAUCUAGGACAUUCAGUCCAUUUUUUCAACAGAUUGUCAUAUGUACCUAAGGCGUAGCCCGUAUGUAAGAAUAGCAUUUAUUUGCUAUCCUCCUACAUUUAGAAUUCUCCCGGAAGCUCCAAAACUAAAGGAAGACCAUGAGAAGGAAUAAAGAAUGUUAUAAAUGAAGUUGUAUACUUUUCUGGUCUAUGCUUUUCUUUCGCAAUCAAAAAAUAAGUUAAUAUUUUAAUGGUCUCGUUUCUUUGUGUUUACUUAAACACAAAUAUAGGUAAUAUGCAUUACUUACUAUCUAAUAACUAAUUAUUUACUUUGUCUACAGAGACACUUUGGCAUCGACAAAAUUCUAAAAAUAAUUGAUUAGUUACGACAAUUACUUACACUUGACACGUACUUUGUAAAAUGAAAUAUAUUUUACAAAGAAGUAUGACUGAUUUAUGAAAUAUGUUUAAUUAUUGAGGUAUUUAAGACAAUAGAGAUAAAUUAAAGGACAUAGAGGUGACAAUGCUGUUGUACCUAUAUACCUAAAUCUUCUAACUAAACAAAAAUUUACAAGUCCCAAAAUAGUGAUUUCUUUUUUAAAAGGAUAACAUCACUUUUAGACCUGUCAAUACUUUAGUUUAUUGUACAAGUACACACCUUUUUAAACAA